GACAGCACACGGCGGCCGCGCACUCUGCAUUGCUACCGCGCAUCCACCAGCCGUACUCACCAGCAGACGUGCUGCGGGCGUGGUAUAGCGCCGCCCGUCUCGCUCACCCGGCGAGAGAAGUAGCGUUUCAACGCCAGGCCCGCGACCGCCGAGCAGCACCUUGGCCAUGUCGACGCCCUCUACUGCCACGGCCACUCUCCCGCCCCAUCAUCAAUUCUAUUCUCACCACCAGACAUACCAGCCGGGCCUGCCCAAUGCCAACCAAAUCGCGAACGGCAGCGCUAGAAUAGGCAAUUCCAUGUACAACGGCUACACUAGCGGCGCCUCGAAUCCUGGCUCAGAUAUCCGCCGAACCGCGAGCACCCACAGCAGACACCCACAACAGCUGCCCCCGCUGACACAGCCCCCGGCCCCCGACAUGGGCGCGCCCACCAUGGGCAGCGAGCAGCGACGGCGGCACCCUGACUGGGCCGACUUCUACAAGAACGGCCUGCCGAAGGAGGUCAUUGUCAUCGACGACGACGACGACGACGACGACGACGGCGGCGGCGACAACGACGACGGCGAUGAGCCGCCUGCACCGCGACAGCCUGCGCUCCAGAGGACUGCGACGAACGGCUCCGCACGGCACACGGACAAGAAGCGCAAAACAACGGCCGGCACAACAGCGUACGACCCUGUCUACAACCAGCACACCUCUUACUCGACCACCCAGACACCCUACUACGACUCGCCCCACCACUCCAUAUCCACAGACAGGACAACGUCGGCACUCAACACAACCGCUGCCACGUCGCUAGGGUCCCAGGCCAGCAACAGCCACCACAUCUCGCCGCUCGAGAACACUGCAGUGGGCCAGAAGAGGAAACGAACACGUGCAGCGGCGCAGGAUGAGGCUAAGCAGGCGAAGAGACGCGACCUCGAUGACCACGACCCCUUCAGCCUGUACCAGCCACCACCCAACCCGGUAAUCAAGGCGAAGGAUGUCUACGUCCAGGUCGUUGCAGAUAAAUCCAACUACAAGGACCAGAAGGUCGACGACGAGGACGGCCACUACAUAGUAGUACCGGAGGCCGAUCUCACGGAGCGAUACCAAAUCUUGAAACUCUUGGGCCAGGGAACUUUCGGCAAGGUCGUCGAAGCCUGGGACAAGAGAAAGGGCACCAAGUGCGCCAUCAAGGUCAUCCGCUCAGUACCGAAAUACCGUGAUGCCAGUCGCAUCGAGUUGCGGGUGCUCUCAACGCUGGCAUCCAACGACAAGCACAACGUCAACCGAUGCAUCCACCUACGAGACUGCUUCGACUUCCGCAACCACAUCUGCAUCGUCACGGAUCUGUACGGGCAAAGCGUCUUCGACUUCCUCAAGAGCAACAGCUUCGUGCCCUUCCCGAGUUCGCAUAUCCAGAAGUUCGCCAAGCAGCUGUUCACGAGUGUCGCCUUUCUGCACGACCUCAACCUCAUCCACACCGAUCUCAAGCCUGAGAACAUCCUCCUGGUACAGAAUGCCUAUCAGACAUUCACAUACAACCGCACAGUACCAUCGUCGUCCACAACGGUCAACCGCACAGCAAGACAUCGCAAGGUCCUUCUCGACCCAGAGAUUCGACUCAUCGACUUUGGAUCAGCCACCUUCAACGACGAGUACCACUCUUCAGUUGUCUCGACACGGCAUUACCGUGCACCGGAGAUCAUCCUCAAUCUCGGAUGGAGUUUCCCCUGCGACAUCUGGAGCAUAGGGUGUAUCCUUGUCGAAUUCUUCACUGGUGAUGCCCUCUUCCAGACGCACGAUAACCUCGAACAUCUGGCUAUGAUGGAGGCUGUGUGUGGCGGCAAGAUUGAUCGAGACAUCGUCAGAGCGGUCUAUAAGCAAGACCGCACCAACUCUCGCAACUCAGCCAACUCCGCUGCAAGAUACUUCAAGAACUACAAGCUUGACUACCCCAACAACGAUAUCAACAAGGCGUCGAAAAAGUACGUCAAGGCGAUGAAGAAGCUCCACGAAACAAUACCAGGCCACACCGAUUUCAACAAACAGUUCCUCGACCUCCUCAGACGGAUAUUCGUGUACGAUCCCAAGAAGCGCAUAACCGCCAAGGAAGCCUUGCAACACCCUUGGUUCAAGGAGUCGCUCAUGGAUGACGGCACAGAGGCACACAAGAUCCGGCUGGAACGAGAAAAGAAGGCGAGGCGGCAAGAAGAAGAGCGCCGGUACCAGCGAGAACAGCGGGACCGACAAGAGGAAGCGCAAGCCCGGCGGGAGAACGCACGAGCGUACUAGUAGGCAUCGUGCCGGCGUCUCCUCCGUGGACGUCUUUGGACAACUUCGA